AUGACGACGCGCAAUCUCCUCUCCGGCCCCAUCACCCUAUCUGAUGCAAAAGGUCGAAGCUCAAACGUUCUUCAUGCCUUGCUAUACCCGCAGCGCAAGCUAGCCUUUUACAACUAUAUAGAAGAACAUCGGGUGCUUUUAGAGGAGGUCAUCGCACAUCACUUAGGCGCCAAGCCAACCAACAUCCAACUUUCCCCCCAGGAAUGGUGGAGACAUGGAUCCUUCAAUCUUUGCGUACCGUUUACAAUCCACGUCGACCCUGCGAAGCCAAAUCUUCCAGAGCAUGCUUUUAUUCGUUUUCCUCUGCCCUACCGUGUUGGGGAAUUGAUACACCCUGGCAACUCGGAUGAAAAACUCAGCUGUGAGGCGGCCAUGUAUGCAUGGCUCGAAGAGAAUUGUCCCUCGGUUCCUAUACCAAAGUUGUAUGGCUUUGGCUUAUCUACGAAUCAAAGGUUCACGAAUGUCAACCUGCUUCCCUGGUGGUCGCGCUGGUUCCACGAAGCUCGACGCAUCUUCUUAGCGACUCUUGGCCUCCAGACACCCUCGCAGUACGCCCGUCAUGCCUCGACUCGUUUUGCGGCCCUUGACAUUGGCUAUCUGCUCAUCGAGAUGAUCCCCUUUCAGAGGGGGGCAAUUCUGUCGGAAACCUGGCAAGAGAAACGCGAUGACGCUCGACUGCAGAAUCUACAACGAGAUCUGGCAAGAGUGAUGGUCUCACUUUCGCGUGUCCGCUUACCCCGUAUCGGAACCUUCCGCCUAGACAACGAUGGCUAUUUACGCCUAGACAAUCGUCCUAUAACCGUCGACAGUACCAUGCACGAAAAUGAUGGGCUGUCUCCUACUAUAUCACGACGUACGACAUUCUCGAGUGUUCGGGACUUCAUCCUUUCCCAGCUAGCAAUCUUUGAAACGCGGUUUCUUGAACAACCGAAUUCAGCACUAGAUGAAUUCGAAGCCUGGCCCCAGAUGGGUAGCCUAGCUAUCGCUAAGCUCGCGCUCCCGCAAUUAUAUCGAGACGACCUCUGUAAUGGCCCUUUUGUGUGUUGCUUAACUGAUCUCCAUCAAAGCAAUAUAUUUGUCGAUGAGGACUGGAAUAUCACCUGCAUCAUUGAUCUAGAAUUCGCCUGUUCGUGGCCAGCCGAGUUCGUACAAACUCCGUACUGGCUAGACGCCAAAUUUCUUAACGAUAUCAACCCCACCGACUUUGCAGCCAGGCACGUCGAAUUUACAGCGCAUAUCAGACACGAAGAGGAGGCGCAGCAGCCUAGAGACCUAGGUACUGAGCCACUUUCAUCCAUCAUGCAGCGGUCAUGGGAUAGCGGAAUGGUUUGGGUUCCUCUAGCACUAAAGCAUCCGGCAACAUUUACGCAAAUCUUUGAGAAGCAUAUUUUGAAAAGCUGUUUUGACUAUCCUGUGGAUGAACUUGAUAAUGGCGCAUAUAUGAGAUUCUGUUCCCGUAUUUUCCGCCGCAAUUCACGACAGCUUAUCGACCGCAAACUUGACGAUGGAGCUAGGUACAUGAAGAGGCUUACAGAGGCCUUCACCGAUGCCGCAGAAUCUUGA